AAAAUAAUCUUUCUCGAUAAAAUAGGUUGAUUAAGAUAAAAUUGUAUCCCUUAAGAGCCGUACAGGCACCUUUUGAUGUAUACGGUUCAACAAAAAUUGUCAAAAAAAAAAAAAAAAUCAAUGUGUAGAUUCCAGCCAUCCUUCAUUGUUUCUAGUGGGCCUUUUCUAAUGUUGAGAAUUGGAUGCGGUCUUCUUCUUCUUCUUCCCACAUUGGUGCUUUGUGCAGUGUCUAAUAAUCACCGAGUCCCAAUAGCUUCUGCUUUCGCCUUUCCCUAAUUCCCUUUCUCUCGCUUUCUUUGUUGUUUUGUUUGCUAUUUUCCCCUUUCUGGAGAUCGCGGCUUUCAGCCCACUCAUCUGGUAAUUUUCUAUCUGUUUCAUUUUCCUUUUGCUUGAUCCAUUUUUCUUCUUUGAAGGAAUGGAAGAAGACUCGGAAAGAAAUUUUCAAGAUGUCCCUUUGCGUCCUGCUCCUGGCCACAUGGAGGGUGGUGGAUUGGUUGGAGAUCACUCCGGCCUGCCAUCUUUGUGUACUCUAUGCCGGAGAAGUCUUGCACCUGAAUAUGAGGCAACAUUCGAUCUCGAAACCGUUGGUCUCUGUGGAGACUGCAAAUUUUUGUUGCUUGAGGAUCUCGGUACACCUCCUCAAGACUCUAAUAGAAGAAGAAGAAGAAGAAGGAAUCGGCAAAGCAGUUCUGAAUCAAUUGAAAAUCUUUUCUCCCAACAGUUCUUACAAAUGAUUAAUUCGUUGAGGCAGAACCAAUCCACUGUCUCUGGCUCCGAGGAUCCAAUUAUGGAUGGUGGUUCCGGUGCAAGGUCUUUACGACGUAGUAGUUCACGUACAACUCCUAGUGGUUCUAGAAGAUGGGGGCGUGUUAUAUCUGAUUCUGAAAGUGAUGGUUUUGAUCAUCUGGAUUCCUUUUAUGGUGAGAAUGAAUCAAAUGUUAGUUUCGGUCGGUACAGGGUUUUUCGGGGUGAGAGUGAUGCAAUAUCUUUCAGUACUUAUGGAGGGGAUUCGGAUGCUUCUAUGGAUGAACACAGUUUCCUGGAUACAGAAAUAUUCGUUCAAGCUGAGAGGAGUGAUACUAACAGUGAUAGCGACACUGAUAUUGAUCCAAUGCAUGCUGGUCUGAACCAAUGGAUCUGGGAUGAACCUGAAGAAGAUGAAGAUGGUGAGUGGGAAGAAGAAGAUGCUGAAGAAUAUGUGGUUGGACAUGCUAGAACUGGACUUAUAAAUUUGUUUUCUUCAAAUACAAAUGAAACCACUCUCCCUAUUUUUAAUUUGCGUCGCUCCAGAGCUGGCUUUUACCAACUUCUUGACCAUCUGACUGAGACUGAUGGCUCUAGAAGAGGAGCAACUCCUGCAUCUUCAUCUUUUGUGAAUAAUCUGCCUCGUGUCGCUGUCAGUGAUGAACAUGAGAACUCUGAUGGUUUGGCCUGUGCAAUCUGCAAGGAUGUUUUGCCUGUUGGCAUUGAAGUAAACCAGCUUCCUUGCCUUCACGUCUAUCACCCUUCUUGUAUCUUGCCAUGGUUGAGUGCACGGAAUUCAUGCCCCCUUUGCCGCUAUGAGCUUCCUACUGAUGACAAAGAUUAUGAAGAGGGGAAGCAACACAUGAAUAAUAGGAUGGAGAUGCAAGAAAUCCAGCGGCAAAAUGCUAGUGAAGAUAAUUCAUCUGAGGAUUCUGAUGAAGCUGAAGCAGAUGAAGCUUGCGAACUUGGUCCAUGUGAAUUACAUGAUGUGCCACAUGUGGGUCCUACCAUUAGUUGCUCUGCCAGGGAGAGUGGUAGAGACUGGCUAUUUCGCGCAGCUGUGCCCAUUGCUGGUAUUGUUGGUGUUGUUCUCGUCUUAUGUUUGGGCAAGCCACUAAUUGGAAGAAGAGGAUCAAUAGGUGAUUGCAAUCUACCUUCAUGGGGCCAGCAUCAAAUUCAGGUUUCGAAUACAUCAUCACUAAACCAAAGGGGCAGCAGAGGCAGGAGAUGGUGGUCUCUCUUUUGAGAAGCUUCAGUAAUCCGGUGGGUAAUUACCCUUCCCCCACUAUUCAAAUUAAGUCUUCAUAUUCUAACUUCACCCCGCGAAUUAUUGUGAGUGCCACCCCUGCCAUUGCAGUUCCGCAUUAUUAUGAUAGUUUUAUCAAUAUUUUGGUUUGUUGUGUAUGCUUUUAAUCUCAAUUUCUGGCCUUGAUAGUAGAAUUGGAUAUGAUUAUAGUUUCCUACCUCAAGUGUGCUUGUGCUUAUGCAAGAUUUUUUUUUCCCAGUUUGCUUGCUUUGAUUGAUUAUCAGUAACUGGAAACUGAGUUGGGCUUAAAUGAA